AUGUGCGUUGAUGAGGCUGCACUGAUGGGCACUGAUAGGCGGCACUGAUGGGCACUGAUGUCCGGUACUUACGGAAAGGUCCUGAUCAGUUGCGGACUGACUCAUGGGGCCCCCGGGCAAUAGGGGAUCAUAGGGCCCCUGUGUCCUUGCCCAAACUCAAAAAAGCCUAUGAAAAAGGUACCAGGGGCAUCUAAUGGGGCCCCCUACUGACCCGGGUCCUUCGGGCAGUGCCCGAGUUUCCAAAUGGUCAGUCUGCUCCUGGUCCCGAUCUCC